CGAGCGCGCGCCCUCUCUCUCUUAUCUCAAAUUGACUCCCAAAAGCCCUUCCUCCCUCCUUCCGGCGAUCGGCCACGGCUGCGGCGAUCGCGAUGAGCGCUGUGAACAUAACGAGCGUGGCGGUGCUCGACAACCCCACCGCCUUCCUCAACCCCUUCCAGUUCGAGAUCUCCUACGAGUGUCUCAUCCCCCUCGAGGAUGAUCUGGAGUGGAAACUUGUAUAUGUUGGAUCGGCCGAGGAUGAGAGUUAUGAUCAGAUGCUUGAGAGUGUGCUUGUUGGCCCUGUGAAUGUGGGGACAUACCGUUUUGUUCUUCAGGCUGAUCCUCCUGACCCUUCAAAGAUCCGUGAGGAAGACAUAAUUGGUGUUACUGUUCUGCUAUUAACCUGUUCCUACAUGGGGCAAGAAUUCAUCAGAGUAGGCUACUAUGUGAACAAUGACUAUGAUGAUGAGCAACUUCGGGAGGAGCCUCCCGCAAAGCUGCUGAUUGACCGGGUGCAGAGAAACGUAUUGACAGACAAGCCCCGAGUCACCAAGUUCACCAUCAAUUUCCAUCCUGAAACCAGUACUGGCGCAGGACAAGAGCAGCAGCAACAACAACAACCACCAUAGCCUAGUUCACCUGAAAAUCACCCACACAAAGGUGGCAAGCCCAAGCCCGAUCAAUGAUCCAGGUUGAAACUUGGAGUCCAUUAUUUUAUAUCUUGAUGCCUUCUAGGAUGGAUCGUAAAAUCAGAUGGCUUCCUAUGUGGUUAGUUGAACUGUCUCUUGUGAUGAAGAAGCUCACGUCACUAAACUAGAGUACUUUAACCGGAAGUGUGCAUUGGUUAGUCAUGUGCAUGUAGUAGGUAGAUUCUAACAAGCUACUGAAAUGGACAAAUGUUGAAUCCUUUUCCUGGUGAUGAUCGCAAGAUCCAUGCCUGCUUGCCUUUGGUUAUGUCAGCAACCAUAAGGUGAUUUUGAUAAUCAUUAGUGACUUCAUGUAGCAAUGGUCUACUGUAAAUCAAAGAUGCACCUUGGGCUGUGCUUGGUGCUAGGCUUGGCAACGGGGCGGAGCUGGGGAUGGCAAGAAUGGC